AUGUCUCAAAACAGAGCCGGUCAUCCGUCGCUUGAGAAGUACGUAGUACUCCUUGCCGAUAGACAAACGGGAGUUGUGGUUAUGGAAGCGCUUGUUUGCGCCGUCCUACUUCUCACAGCUCUGCUGGGGAAUUCUUUAGUUUUGUGGAUGGUGUGGAAGAACAAAAAUCUCCGAACAAUUCCAAACCAUUUUAUCGUUUCCCUUGCUUUUGCCGACAUCGGAAUGGCAGCCAUAUGCCAGCCGCCGUGCCUCACGGUCCUCGUGAUGGGGAAACGAACUUACGGAAAUUUUGUCUGUCAGCUUCAAGGAUAUGCUAUAGCCAUGCUGGCUUGUGUGUCACUUUUAACGCUAACCGUGGUCGCUGUAAAUCGGUACUUUUUAAUCGUCCGUCCCAAGAACUACCAGAAGAUCUUCAGCACAAGGAACACUCGUAUCAUGAUUGCUGUUAUUUGGCUCGUCUCUCUCGUUGAACCAGUACCUUAUCUUGCUUCCAACCAUCGUUACGUGUACCAUGCGGGGAAGUUCUUUUGUUUUCAAGUCGUCGAAGUCGACUUUUUCACUUUACUUGGGUACAUGUUCGUUGUCAUUCCCAUGUUGGUGCUUUCGUUUUGUUAUUACAACGUUUUCAAAGCUUUGAAAGAGCAUAACAAACGGUUCCAUAGCUUGCGACGCCGAGGAGACCAGCCAAACGCUGCAAGGAUCUCUGUUGAGGAGAUAAAUGUGACAAAAACUUUGUUUCUUACAGUUUGCGCCUUCCUAAUCUGUUGGACACCGAUUGCCAUUGUGGAUUUCAUAGGGUUUGGACAAGGAGGCUGGAACCUUCCUCGUGAGGUGUACGUGAUGUACACAUUUUUGGGUCAGUUGAGUACAGUGAUAAACCCGGUCAUUUAUGGCGUCAUGAACAAGACCUUCCGAGACGAAUAUAAGAAGCUGUUUAAAUGGAGCGGUGGAGCCGACAUAACGCAAGAAUCCACUGAAGACACUCCACAGACGCAGGAGAGUAAGUGCUCUGUGCUUUAG